CAAGAAGCUGUUUGGCUCACUCUUGUAGUGUCGUACUUUAUGCUUUUUCUCCUGAAAUCCCUCUAGCACCAGAAUGAGCAAGUUGAGGCUCGCUACGCUGUGCGCAAAAAGUGAACGAUACAUUGGAACUCAAGGGGGAGGCAUGGAUCAGGCUAUUGCAUUUUUCGCUGAGCAAGGAAGUGCAAAGCUAAUCCAGUUCAACCCCCUAAAAACAACCAACGUUCCCUUACCAAGUGGAGCAACCUUUGUUGUAGCCAAUAGCUGCGUCAAAAUGACCAAAGUUCCUACCUCCCACUUCAACGCUCGUGUUGUCGAGUGUCACCUUGCAGCUAAGUCAAUUGCCAAGUCUCAAGGCCUCAAUUACAAGAAAAAGCUUCAACUAGCCGAUGUUCAAGCAAUGCUCAAGACACCUUUUGAAGAAAUGGUGGCCUUGGUACAGAACGUGCUGCAUCCAGAGCCCUAUAAGAGAUCAGAGUUGUGCCAGCUACUUCAAAUGAAUGAUGCAGAGUUUGAAGCGUUGGUGCUUGGAAAGAACACAAAGCAUCUUCAAGAGUUUAAGGCAAGAUGUGACAGUAAUCUAUAG